CAUGAAAUUGCCAUUCGUUUCUGCUCUAUAUACCUGGGCAGCACAUAAAACAAAUAUUUUCCAAGUAUACCAAGUAUACCAACCGACUGGGGGUGUACACAUCACGUCAACGCCGCAAAUUGGUUUGUUUCGCUGCAAAUUUUUCAGGCUCAAGUAUGUCACUGUGGUCCCAGCUGAAACCGAUGGAGUGGUGUAAGGCCGUCUACAGGGACUAUCAUACCUGGUCAUUCGUCAAGUGUUCCUUGGCAUUCUGUGCCGGUGUGCUCCUCGUGCGCAGCCUCGAUGGCAAAUUGCCGGACAGCAGCUAGAGUACCGAAAUUCAGACCUAUAACUAAUUGAAUGUAGGGUCAUAUUGCUAGUCAUCCAAUCAGGAUGACACUCAAAAGCUUUAAAUUGCUCUGGUAUUUCGUUUACUUGUUGACUUAAAUAAAACUACAAAAAUUAUGUUCCCAAGAUUAUA